AUGGACGAAGGGUGUGAUAUGCUUGAGUGUUGCCUAUGCGGUGCCCUGUGUGGCGCUUGCUGUGCGUCUGCAGCGGACUCAGGUGACAACCGUCGCCGUAAGGGCCGUCACUCGGAGGACUAUCACAAUGGACAGACCGUGUACGUUCAGCCCGUCAUGGUGGAGUAUCAGCCUGGCUAUAGUCCGCCUCUUGGUCAACCGAGAUAUGCUCUACCCGGACAAGGUUAUGGUCCACCUCCUGUUGAAUACCCUCCGUACGCUUCUCAGCAAUAUCCACCUCAACAAUACCCACCUCAACAAUGCCCACCUCAACAAUACCCACCUCAACAAUACCCACCUCAGCAGCAGUACCCGCCUAAAAGCUAG